AGAAACAGUUUUUUAAAAUAAAACUGCUGUACACUGCCUCAAACACUGUUUAUUCAGUGCUUAAUGAGACAUUCCUGUGUAUGACUGUUCAGAGGUAAAUCUCUCUGCAUCAGAACUUCCUUCCAGGUAACUGUGUAUAGGAUUGUAAAUUUAGGACACAACCGUAUGUGUGUUUGGACAGAAAAAUGCCCUACAGCUCCCAGCAUUCCCAACCCAGCCAAGCUUUUUCAGUUGAGCCCAUAGUCUCAUGUAGUGGGAACAACUUAUGGCAAGGUCUGGUGUAUGCGUAUUUGAACUUUGACCCCUCUGUGUUUAAUGGAAGUUACUCCUUAGUAAAAAUAUUUAGGAUUGCAGCAUUGAUGCCAUAAAAAUAAAUGUGUUGGGCUUUAAGGUGCCAACAGUCUGGGAAGGUUGUCAUUCUGUGCAGGAUGCUUUUAUAUGCACCAACAUGGAGAUUCUGGGAGAGGACAUUUGAUGGAUCAAGGCUUUCAGUGGGAGACUACUGUAUAUAUUGUAAGUCGUCCAGAGACACUAGUGGUGGACAGGUUAGAAAAACGUUUAAAAAUAAAUAUAAAUAUAAAGAGCUGUAUCUCUGGUUGUUAAUAGCAGAAAGUUAUCUGCAUGGCUUUUUAGCAGAAUACUUUUCUAAGAUUUAAGUUUUUUCUUUUUUUUAAAAAAAGCUUCUGGUAGGGAAUAAAGUGUGUGUGCUUACUUGGAAGAUGUCACAUAGAGUUUCAUAGAUUUUACUCUCAAGUGGGUGUACAGAGAAUUAAAAUGGUGACUUCUUUCUAUUUCCUUGACUGGAAAUUCCAAACAAUAAUGGCAUAGCUUUUGUAGUGUUAAUUAGGUGUUUUUCAGUCUCUUUAUACCUGGGACAUAGUUGUGGGAGGGGUGUUAUGGGCUGAAAUUAGAGGCACACUUGAAACAUAUAUUUUCUUAUCAUUCUUAUGCGUGCACACGCACAGGGUGGAACAUACCCUUACCUUGUAUUCAUCCAUAUACGCUGAGCAAAACCUAAGUGCCUUCUUUUCAGCUGAGGAAGCAGCUGAGUUGUCCUGAGGAGUAGCUUAUAAUUUCUGAUCUGUUGUUGUUGCUGCUGACCUUGUUAAAUCUCAGUUUGGCUUCCCUUUGUUAAGUUCCCUCCUGCACCUACCAGCGCCUGCACGCAACAUAAACAGCACGUGAGCUGGGGACAGAUAAGCACCAGCUCCACUUGUGCCCCUGGCGGAGUGACAAGUUAAAGAACCCCUGUCUGUCAUGCGUCGUUAUCCUUGGUUGGCUGAGCCCUGAUCCCGCUGCAGUUUGUGUCAGUCUGUUGACCUUGGCUCAGCCUGGGAGAAGCUACUGGAAGGCUUUCUGUUUGAGAUGUUUAAACAGACUUGUUGCUGCUGAGCAAGUAGCUUUGUGAUGGGUUCUUUCUUCUGAAGGUUAUAGCAAAUGUAUCCGAGGAAUAUAUAGACACACUGGUUCAGAUACUAGGAAAUCUAGCUGGCUAUCCCAGAGAGCAGUUGGAUCAAGGCUGGAAUAAUUGCAGAGUUUUGGAUUGCUGAUCCGUGGUGAAUGGGACAUUGGCCAACAGCUUCUCAACGACACAGUCCUGCUUAGUACCUUCUGGUUAUCCUGUGAAUCCCAUGUUUUGGUGAGGUGAAGUAUUAUGAAGCUAAUACAUAAUUUGUGGAAGUACAGUUUUGGCCUUUGACUUAUUUCUACUUACUGUUUGGUCUGAGAUGGAGGCAGAUUUGACUAUCCCAAUUUGGCAGAACAAACCGUGUGGCUCAUCACGCAGCUUCGUGAGAAGAAUUGGGACAAAUCUUCCUUUAAAACCAUGUCCUAGAGCAUGUUUUCAGGCAUUACCAAAUGUUUCAGAUCUCUAUUUAAAUGACAUUCCCCCUGUCCCCACCCUGGCAGAUGUUGCGUGGAUCGCUUCAGACGAUGAAGAAACAUAUGCUAGAGUCAGAACGGAUACUCGGCCCCUGAAGCACAAGUGGAAACCCACUCCACUCUUUGUUAUUCAGCGGAAUGCCUCGGUUCCGAAUUUGAGAAAGCAAGAAGAAAAGUUGUUGGCUUUGAAGAAACCAGGUUUACCUGCUUUGAAUCGAACUACAGAACUCCAAGAAGAGUUGAGUCACCUGCGAAGUCAGAUUGCUAAGAUUGUAGCUGCAGAUUCAGCUUCCUCUUCAUUAACGCCAGAUUUAUUAUCUCCAGGAAGUUCAAAUGUCUCUUCUCCCUUACCUUGUUUUGGAUCCUCAUUCCAAUCUACAACUUCCUUUGUCAUUAGUGAUAUCACAGAGGAGGAGGCAGAAUUAGAAAGCCCAGAGCUUCCGUCUGUGUCCAUGCUUUGUUCUGCAACCUCUGAGUGUUGUAAAGCAGACCCAAAAGAUUCUGACGAUGAAGAUUCGGUGUCUCUGUCAAAGGCCAGCAGUUUUGCGGAUAUGAUGGGCAUUCUUAAAGACAUUCAUAGGAUGAAACAGAACAAAGACUUGAACAGAACUUUACUGAAAGAGGAAGAUCCUGCAGUUCUUAUAGCAGAAGUUCUACGAAGAAAAUUUGCUUUGAAGGAUGAAGAUGUGAACAUGAAAAAGAACUAGCAUCAUGCUUAUUAAAGCAAAUUAUUGUGCUUCAAAAGCCUUCCUUGAGCAUCAAGCAUCCUUUAGGGAUUAGAUUUUGUGUGUGUGUGUGCGCGCGCGUGAGUGUAAAUAACUCCUAGGUGCAAGAAACCAUCACUUUGCUAUGUUUUUCCACAUAGCCAAUAGAACUUUUUUUAAAGGAUAGUUUUCCACAAUUUGAACUAAAGCAAGAUACUUUGACAGUGACAUUUGCCACCAACUGACUUAGUAGCAAGUUAAAAACAACCUGUUUGUAAUUCUGAAGCCACUGGUACAAAGAUAUAAUUUUUCCUUUCACGUUACAGGUAAAGGUUUCCUUUUUGGAAUGUUAUGUCGGUUUUCUGAAGCCUUUCUGUUGACAAGAAAUGUCAUGUGCUGUUGGGCCGGGGAGAGUAUGAAGACGCUGGCCUUGCAUCAGCCUUCUUUCUUUCCCCUCCCCUCAAGUUAAGGAAAGAAAUACAAACUGUACUGCUUGUUCUUCUCCCUUGGCACAGAGUCAAGUGUACUGAAUGAAUAAAAGAAGAAAAUAGCUUAAUUUAAAA